ACCAGAGACACACUGACAGUUCACUGCUCAGGGAAGAGCUUACAACCACAGCAUCGACUUCACCCACGACGACAACAGCAGCUAUGGAUGUGUCCUACUGCUCUCCUCUCCAGCUCCAGGAUGACUCUUUCCUGUUUGACUGCAAGACCCUGCUGGACAAGUCUUACGAUCCUCUGGCCUAUGAUCCAGCCUCAGAUCCUGGUUACUUCAGUGCUGGCAGCAGCCUGUCUCCUACCUCUUCUGUGGACUCCUUCUGCUUCUCCCCCACCUCCCUCCAGGCUGCUGGAAUUGAACAAAAUGCUUUGGAGUGUUUUGUCUUCAAAAGCCCUGCAGCACCUGGUCUUACCCAUGAGAAUCAGACUCUGCCCUGCUCCAAAUCCUCCACAGCUGCCUCUACCACAAAGAAAUCCAGGUCCAGGUAUCCAGGGAAGAAGCGCCAGACAGCCAGUGAGAGAGAGAAGCUGAGGAUGAGGGAUCUGACCAAGGCCCUGCAUCACCUCAGGAAAUACCUGCCGCCCUCAGUGGCACCAGCCGGACAGACCCUGACCAAGAUCGAGACGCUGCGCCUCACCAUCCGCUACAUCUCCUACCUGUCCGCUCAGCUGGGCCUCAGCGAGGAGGUGCUGGAGCAGAGAUCCUCAGGCUUUGUGGAGCAGCCCCCAACCCUUAGCCAGUUCCUGGGUCAGCCAAUGGCCAGCUACAGCCCACAGGAACCAGACUGUCACACAGUGUGCACAGCCCAGCUAUCCUCUCUGCAGCCCUCAUAUCAGGUUCCUAGCGGAGUUUGCUCCACCAGUCAGCAGUACUGGAUGCCACAGCAACAACUUCAAAACGCCACCUUCUCUGGACAGUGCUGAGACAUACGGCAAUCCGUCCACUCAACUAUUUUCAUUGCAACAAUGACCUCUAACAAAAUUUAUGGACAAAAAUUCUCGUUUUUUGUUAUUUUGAACAAAAUAUAUUUCUGUGUCUUUUUGUAUUAAACUGUGUAUUUAUUGAGCUUUCACCAUGUGAACAGAAUAAACGUAAUUUAUC